UACCGCAAGAGGUUUCACGGCAGGACCCUUUUCGAGUGGCUCCUCCUCUUUUUUUCUUUUGAAAACAUUUUUUUUAUUUAUUUAUUUAAAAUCCAAGAUGGCGAUGCAUACGAAAGCCACUCCACCUCAAAUCCCCGAUACGCGUCGGGAGCUGACAGAGCUGGUGAAGAGGAAGCAAGAACUUGCGGAAACGUUGGCUAACUUGGAGAGGCAAAUCUAUGCAUUCGAAGGCAGCUACCUGGAGGACACGCAGAUGUACGGCAACAUCAUCCGCGGAUGGGACCGCUACCUGACCAACCAAAAGAAUUCCAACAGCAAGAAUGACCGUAGGAACAGGAAGUUCAAGGAAGCGGAGCGCCUCUUCAGCAAGUCCUCUGUCACCUCUGUGGCUGCUGUCAGUGCCCUUGGAGGAAUACAAGACCAAGUCAUUGAAAAACGAGAGCCCGGGAGUGGGACAGAGAGCGACAACUCGCCGGACUUUCAGAACCAGGAGAAUGAGCCAAGCCAGGAGGACACAGAGGAUGUGGAUGGAGCUCUCCAGGGUGUCAAACCACAGAAGGCAGCUUCUUCCUCAUCAGGGAGCCACCAUGGCAGCCAUAAAAAACGGAAAAACAAAAACAGACACAGCCCAUCUGGCAUGUUUGACUAUGACUUUGAAAUUGACCUGAAGAUGAAUAAAAAGCCAAGAGCUGACUAUUAGACGCACUGACGAUCCAUAAGAUGACUUCAGAGCUGUGCGUGUUGACUCCCUUACUGAAUGACUCCUUGGUUGGAGAUGUGGGCAGUGCUGCAUCGGUUAAGUGCAUCCCAUCUCAUUUCCAUUCCCUUGUUGUACUGUUGCCAGAAUCUCACCAUUCAUAUCGUGUUGAACAUGUGACUGUCCUCUGCCCUUGAGUGAUUUAAAAUGUGGAACAUCAGCAGGUUUGCAGAAGUGGUCCACCUCUCUUGUAUAGUGGUGUUGACUGGUCGUGUUGUAACAGAUACUUUUUUUUUUUCUUUUUUUUUUAAAGUACGUGCAGAAUUGGCCAGAAACUGUUAAUUUUACCCAGAGCACAAAAUCAUUGCAUGUAGCCUAUUGUCAU